AUGAACUUAUUUAUACUCUAUAAAAUCUCUAAAUAUUAUGUCCUACAAAAACCACAUCCUAAUUCUCCUAUCGCCAUAUAUGGUAAUGGUGCUUGGAAUAGUACUAUAUUUGCUAGAUCUGCAGUAUAUGAACCGUUUCGUCCAGGUCCACCAGAAACACAACAACUAUCUUUAGGGAUAGAAGUAGGUGUACUAGGGAAAGAAGUACUAGGAGUAGAAGUAAGUGUACUAGGAGUAGAAAUAGGUGCACUAGAAAUAAAAGUAGAAAUGAGUGAUGAAGAGACGCUUGCGUGCAUCGCGUAUAUCUAUGUGCCACGCUAG